AUGGAAGAGACCAGCGAUCCAACCAGAAGAAGUAUCGGACUCUAUCACCAAGAGCAGGCCAGUGCAGAAUCUCUUGGUUCUCAAGCAGGACUCGCUAGCCAUGUCAGACCUCCUGCCGGCUCAAGGUUCUCCGAGAAUGAGAUUGUGAGAACUACCGCUGCUGGUGUUUCAGGGGAACCUAGAGAAGGUGCAAUCAGCGAAGGUGCAGCGGACUUAGACGCACGAGCGACUGCAGCCGCCCCAGCUGCCCCUCAAUCUCAUGUUCCUUUCUAUAAGAGGCGGAAGUUCAUUAUUAGCCAGGCUAUUCUUAUUCCGUUAGGAAUUGUAUUGCUUUUCGUUCUCUUGUUCCCUGUCGUUACCGCAAUUGUGCAAGAUGUCUUGAACAACAGUGUUCUUGGAAUUAGCGUAGCUACCAUCAGCAAUCCUGCCAAUUCUAGCUUCCAGUUAGCGUUGCAAGGAUCGGUAUCGCACACUGGAAUCAUUUCCGCAAAAAUUCACUUUACGCAACCAGUGACGGUUCAAUGGGUGCAACCCAAUGGAUCGCAACUGACGAUUGGUAACAUGGACCUUGACGACAUUUCCGCAAGCCAUAAGCGGGCAACGGUUGACCAGAACACGACGUUCCAUAUCACUGAUCAAUCUGUGUUUGGCCAAUUCGCAGCGCAGAUGAUCACUGCGAACAAUUUCACUUGGAGAUUACUCAGUAACAAUCUUCACGUACAAGCCGCAAAGUUCCCUGUAUCGAAAGGUAUCAAGUUCGACAAAACCCUCACGCUGAACGGCUUUGAUAGUUUUAAUGGGAAUGUUAACCUCACGAAUCUACUCCUCCCAAGUGAUGAUCCCGCUGGGGGGAUCAAUUUUGAGGCUACUACCACGUUGAACAAUCCCAGGCCAGUGGAUUUCUAUUUGCUCUCAUCAAUGAGACAUUUAUUCUCCUUCUAUUUCUGCAGUCCUUUCUCACUGAACCUCGGCACUGUUGUAUUCGACCUUUCGUACAAAGAUGUGUACCUUGGAACCGGAAGCGGUUCCAAUACGACAGGAGCAGCGAAGAACGAUAUCACGCUCUCAGGCACCUUAGUGCCGCAAAGCGGAGAUAACAACCUCACCGUUGUUUCCGAGCUUUUCACUAACUAUCUCAACGGGGACAGCUCGGAUGUCAUUGCCACUGGAAAAUCUACUUUGCAGACAGAUGGCACAGCAAUAUCCUGGCUAAGUCAGGGAUUGGAGGCGUUGCAGUUACAUGUUCCAUUUGUUUCGCUCUCGGGGGCAAUUUCACCUAUCAAGAGUAUUGACAUCGGAGAUCUGGCCUUGGGGUUUGCUGAAGAAACGCCAUGGGCUCCUAGCGCGCAGAGUCAAACUGUUCAGGCAUCGCUUCAACUGCCGUUUGGUUUCUCUGUAGCAAUUUCUGAGAUACAGAACUCGUUUAAUCUAACAAAUGGUGAUCAAGUCAUUGCUGGGCUUUCAACGCCGGAAAAUGCAUCUAUGUCUUCAAUUGAAGUGGUCAAUUCGACCUUCACGUCGGGCACCAUCAAUAUCACCAUCGAUCAUACGAAUUUGAGUGUCCCGGAUCCCGAGCAUCCCCACUUUUCUGAAUUCAAUGCCAACAUUACCAGUCUUUCAUCUGUUGACUUCCAGCUCGUAGGCCAAUCGCGAGCAAUUGCAAACUUGAGCAUCGGUCAAAUAACAUUGGAUCCAAUCAAAUUCAACGUCCCGUCUUCCUUGAAUGGUCUUCGAGGUCUGAAUGGACUGACAGCAAUACAUGCGGUGGAUGUGGUGGGAGGAACCACCGAAGGCAUCACGUUGAACAUUAAUGUGUCUAUUGUCAAUCCUUCCAAUCUCAACCUGUCAACUGGGGAUCUGACUAUGCAACUAACAAGAGACGGUGCACUUUUGGGAACAGCUCUGCUUCCCAAUCUCAACCUUACUAUGGGAAACAACUCAAUCUUGGCACAAUCAACCUUUGAUUCAAAUAACAACCCGCAGGCUCAAGAGACGCUUGAUCAAUUCGUUGGAAGACAAGAUGUCCAACUUUCCAUUGCUGGAUUUAACAGUAGUACUGCAAUCGCCUCGUUAACACAAGCGUUUGAGACUCUAGAAAUAGGACUCACCCUUCCUGCUCUCACCACGAAUCUAUUGAACACCGCUUCUUUGAAAGUCUUGUCAACCACUGGUCUCACGAACAAUAUUAGCGAUGUGACUGUCAGCUUGGCGAACCCCUUCACAGCUGCUCUCGACGUGACGGGAAUCCAGUCCAUCGUAUCGGCUUUUGGGAUCACCCUUGGAACGAUACAGACGUCAACCAACUUCAGCUCUGCUGGAAAGUCAAAUACCACUUCACCCACCCUUCCGUUGAAUAUGAACCUCGAUCCGAGCGCCUUAUUUACUGUGACAAGGGCUCUUGCUGUGGAUGCCGGAGAAGACGUUGCUCCUCUCGACGGAAUAGUGUCAUUAGGCGGAUAUGAGUAUUUAAUGACUACAGGGCCUGCUGUCUCCACUGAAUCAGACGCUAGCUUGUACAAAAAUUUUGCGCUUCCCGAAUUUGUGCAGACAGCCUUCAAGCAGCUCAAAUCAGACGUAAACCUUACUGUGGAUGUUACUAUUGGCGAAUACAACGCAGUUCUGAACUAUUUCCAGUCAAGCUUACCAACAGAAACAGAUGGCAGUCUCGAUUUCAUUCUUCCCAUUUUGGCGAAACCAAUCGUGCAGAAAAUUGUCGGAGGCGCCGGUCUGGGCAUUGACGCGGUACUCAUAUCAGAUCCUGAGCAGUCCUCGUUCAAUACUGCUCUGAACGGGAGUAUUAAUAAUGCCGGUCCAUUCGAUGCAACGAUCGUAUUUUCUCAAGGUCUCACUGUAGAAUGGUCUGGUAAAAUUCUCGGGACGCUUCAGAUGGAUAACAUUACCGUAGUAGGAGGCCAGGGUGCUCAACUUAAUGCUAAUUCUGUGUUCCAAGUGGUGGAUGUCGACGCCCUCACUGAUUUCACAAAGACUCUUCUCACUGAGGAAUCAUUUGAAUGGGUGAUAUCCGGUGAUAACCUCACUGUCACUGCUCUGGGGAUUGAAGUUACCGGAAUAUCAUUGACGUCAAAAUCAGUAACACUGAAAGGCUUCAACGGAUUGAAAGGCGGCGUGCAAAUACAGUCCUUUGAUCUUCCAGCAAAUGAUCCUGCUGGUGGAAUACAAUUGACGCUGAAUGCCUCUGCAACUAAUCCAUCUCAAGUCGGAAUCGAGCUAAGCUCUCUUGGAUUUAGCAGCUACAUAGAUGGGCAGUUGAUUGCACCAGUUUCAAGCAGUGGUGCCGUCACCUUGAACCCCGAAUCUACAAGCAAUCUCGCACUAGUCGGGCGUCUGAUACCCCAAACCUCUUCUGAGGGUCUUGCUGCAGUUUCGCAGGUCUUCAAUAAUUUUAUUCAUGGAUUGGAUAGCGAGUUGAUGGUUAACGGAGCCAGCGCUGGCCCGUCCGAUGUUUCAUGGUUGAAUGAAGCCAUCUCUGCACUCCAGGUUGAAACGAGUCUUCCCAAUCUGGGCGUUCUAAAUAUCAUCCAAUCCAUAGAUCUGAAUGAGCUCGAUCUCCAGUUUUCUGAGGACACGGCGUAUGCCCCUGCAACUUCUAGUAACUCAACUACUGCUGCAUUCACCAUUCCAUUUGAUUUUCCAAUCGACAUAGUCGCCUUACAACAGGACAUAAAUGUCGCAGCAGAAGGGCAGGUCUUCGCCCAAUUGUUUAUUCCAAAAGGACCAUCACAAACCGACGUCAAUGCGAGAAUCAUAUCUCUGGCCUUCGGUGAUGUUCCGUUCACGGUUGUUGAUGGAGCUGAUAGCGUCUUCAAUGAAUUCCUUGCAGCCACCACUGUUGGUACAUCGGUCACUAUGGGCCUUUCUGGCUCUGCCAGCGCCGAUGCUUCAACUGCCGUCGGGACACUGUCCUUGACAAACAUUUCCUUCUCCGUUGAUACCACUAUCGCGGGUUUGCAAGGGCUGGAUACUGAACCGGUGACAGUCAAUCAUCUGGAUGUAUUUCACGGCUUCCCCGACUACCUUCUGAUCAAAGUUUCAAGUCCACUUACCAAUCCAUCCAACUUGACCAUAGGAGCGGGCGACGUAUCUUUCGGAUUAGAAUUCGCGGAAGAAGCAAUUGGAUUGGCUGUCCUGGAUAAUUUAGUUAUCGUUCCCGGCACUACAAUCUAUUCUAUCGAUGUGCAGUACUCCCCACAAGGAGACGCUGUUCCUGCCGGCGAGACGUUACUUGAAAACUACCUGCAAGGCGUCAACUCGGACACUUCGAUCGUGGGAAGCACGAGCUCUACUCCUAUUCAGUCCCUCCAGGAAGCUAUGUCGAAGAUCAGCCUGAGUCCUGUGACAAUCCCGGCCCUUAAUCAGUCUCUGAUUUCAUCGGCCUCCCUCACCUUCCCAACUGAUAUAGUUUCUACGGGGAUUGCUGAGGCCACCUUCUCUCUAGCUAAUCCGUUCACUGCGAGUAUCAAUCUUCUUACCGUCGACGCCUCUGCUACAUACCAGAACAUCACGCUCGGAACUAUUAGCGUGGGUGAAACUUCGAACCCGAUUCAUGCAGAUGGUCACAGCAAUAUCACCUCGCCCAGCCUGCCUUUCAACUUCAACCUUAACCCAGUAUCAAUUGUCGAGCUCCUACAAGCGGGUGCCCAAGCCAAUGGUGUCAAUUUGGGUCCUCUAAUCGAUAUUUUUGAGUUCAUCAUUGAUAAUCCUAACUUCAAUCCACCUGUAAACCCUACUGUCGAUACCAGUUCCCCGACUUGUGUUAGUGGCAACCAAUUUGACUUUGACACUGCAAUCUUGGAUUCUCUGAAGAACUUGAAAAUUGAUUUGGCUGUUCAGUCUUCUGUCAAGCUCGAUGACUAUGCCACAAAUCUUACUUUUGCACAACACGACGUAGAUGCUAUAACCGAUUCUACAGCGUUAUAUCUCAUUGGCGCAGUUGCCGGACCUGUUGCUCAACAAUUCGUGGACAACGCAGAGCUGAGCUUCAAUCAGGCUAAUAUUUCGGAUAUCUCAGAUGAAGGUUUUUCACUCACUCUGAAAGGAUCGCUGACCAACACUGGGCCUCUUGAUGCGUCGAUCACUUUCACUGAACCUUUAGAAGUGACCUGGGAGGGCCGACAAAUCGCCACCAUAUCGCUUCCUCCGAGUAUGGGUUGUGCUGUGUCUUCCCUUUUACGUCUCACUGAUUUUCCUCGUUCUCAAGUAUGUGCCGCCGCCAAUGUUGGAGUGCCUGAUUAUGAGACCGACGCAACACUCUCCAUUACUGAUUUGGACCAAUUCACCACUUUUGCCACUUUCUUGUUGCACAAUCCCAGCUUCUCGUGGACGAUUUCUUCUUCCAAAGUUCAGCUAGUGGCAUUGGGAACCAUCUUUGACAACGUCUCUCUUACCAAGAAUGUAUCCUUCAAUGCAUUUAACGGUCUACCGGGCGUCACUAUCAGCAACUUCCAGUUGCCCUCAGACUCAAGUGAGGGUGGCAUAACCAUCGACCUUGACGCUCAGAUUCCAUCGCCUGCGCAGUUGGGACUUGAUCUGGGAACUGUGACGUUCGAUUCCUUCUAUGACAAUGUUCUUGUUGGACCAUUGGUGGGAGAGGAUCUGGUCCUUUCUGCUGAUGCGACCACCACCACCCACCUGAGUGGUCGUAUCAUACCCCAAUCUGGCUCUGAUUUAAACACCAUCGGGCAACUCUUCUCAGACUACCUGGCUGGAGACAAUUUGACACUCGUUGCGAAAGGUGUUUCUGUGCAGCCUCCCGGAUCAUCUAGCACAGUUUCCUGGCUCAGUACCGCUUUCGCGACUCUUGCACUUGAUGUAAUACUACCAGGCGAGAAACUCGAUGUCAUUCAAUCCAUCACAGUUACUGACCUAGCCGUCACGCUCAACGAUGAUAGUGAAGCUUACGAUCCGUCAACUGGCUCUAAUUUUACCUCAGCUUCCUACAAAAAUCCGUUCGGUUUUUCUUUACAAGUAGUUCAAUCUGCCACAGAUAUCAUACUGAGCUCGAACGGAGUGAACAUCGCGGAACUCAGUCUUCCAACGUCCGAUACCGUUGGCGGGGUGUCAACGGGUAACGUCGCUAACCUUCCGAUUGCGUGGGAAAAUGAACCUUUGAAAUCUCUCAAUGACGAUGCAUUCAAUGCACUGUUUGCAGCUGUCACCCUCUCGAAUUCGAUUUCCCUUGGACUUGACGGUAGUGCAAAUGUAACAGCAAAGACAACCAUCGGGGAUGUUCCGAUCUCUCGCAUUCCUUUCAAUGUCACGUCAAGUUUAAGUGGUAUUAACUCGUUUGGAGGAAGAGCGACGCUCAGUAACGUCACCGUCACCGGAAGCGGAGGUACUGGAGGGAAUGAAUUUAUAAAUGCUCCUUUAACCACAACGUUGGAGAACCCUUCAAAUAUUUCUCUCGACACAACAGACAUAGCCCUUCCCGUCUAUUAUGAAGGAUCCAUGGUCGGACGAGCUUUUAUCAAUAAUUUGAACCUUGUACCCGGAACAAACUCUGUUCCUUCCGAGUUUCAUUACGAGCCAGCAAAUUCAAAUGAUUCGGUGGCGCAGUCUUUCAUUGCAGACUUUUUGACUAGUAACAAUAGCUUGCCUCUGAGUAUCAAAGGCGAUAGCGCAAGUACACCAAUCGAUUCUCUGCAAGAAGCUCUUUCCGGUCUCAGCCUCAGAAUGGGUCAGACCUUGAUUAAGGACAUAACGGUCACCAUCACCCUGGACUCUCUGGUGACGAACGAAGUCACAGUCAACGUCGAUAUUUUUAACCCUACCGACGCUGAACUACAAGUUUUGGCGAUUCAAUCUACUGGCAGUAUCGAUGGCACUGUCUACGCUCAAUUUAGUACCACUUUCGAUUCUUAUCUGAUACCUGCAGGGCAAACAGUCAAUUCCGGAGAAAUCAACAACGUGCUCCUUACUCAAGGAGCAAUUGCCUCUCUUGGAAUUAUCGGCGAGAACUUGGAUGUUGCCGCCGCCAACACAAUCCAGGUUGGCGUUGGUGGUUAUACAUUACCAUGGCUGAAGAUCAACCAAUUGGACGUUCCAACGACAUAUACCCUGGAUAUCGCAGGCCUUACCUUGGGCCAGUUAAAAUCUCAGGCUGAACAAAAUGCUUCCUCAAUCUCUUCUAGUGCUGUCGGCAGUAAACCCACUUCCGCUUCAACUUCUCAGAAUGGCUCUACAUCUGUCAGCGCCACUGUGUCACUGUCUUCUUUGGCUUCUUCGACCAUUACUAGUAGUACCACGGGGGAUGGAACAACAGCUGAGGCUACCUCGAGUGCGAGCAGUGCCGGAAAGGAAGAUUCGUCAACAGCAACGAGCGCAACAGCCAAUACACCUUUGAUGCCAGCAUCAUCAGCAUCUUCCGAUGCCGCUCCUACUUCUGCAACGUUAGUGGCAACAUUGCUGGUGUAA